AACUGAUCUCGCUUUAACCCAACCAAUCAGGUUCUUUGGUGAUUUCUUCUUCUUAAGGUUUCCUUCCGGGGAUGUCAUUACUUUCUAACUUUGUUCUGAUAAAAUACAUUCGGAUAUGGUACAGAAGUUAUGUGAAAUGAGAGAAAUUCCAAGAAGCAAAACCGAAACACGUCACACGAAUGUGAUGAUAUAAGGAAAAUCAGGAGGAAGCACUUUGGGACUCGCUUUGUCCUUCGAUAAAAAUGUAUAUGUAUAUCAGCUAUAUCGUCUUGACCAUUGGGAUAGUUUUGUUUAUUUAUAACUAUGGAUGGUUUAUAAUCCAGUUAGGGUGGAAAAAACGAUGGUUUUUGACACCUACGCAUGUUAUUGCAAAAAUAUUUAACGAAAUAAGCACUCAAACGGAUCUAUCCCAUGCGGAAACGCUAUCUCAGGAUGCCGGUAAAGACAAAUAUUCUUGCGGUGGUGAUGAAAUAGAUGCUCCCAACAAAAAAAAGGAGUUGGCCCAUGAAGUUGGCCUACAGUGCCCAAAUGUGAAAAAGUCUCUUCAGCAGGUGUUUGAGUGUGCAUACUCCCAGCUCAUCCUGACCUGGUACAGUGUCCCAGAGCCCAGGGACAACCAGCCACUGUAUAAUGCCCUGGGGAGGGAGUUUAACAUGAUUGUUGACCGGGUCAUUGGGAGAGCCAGUGACAUCAACAUCUCUGCUAUUGCUGUGGAUUAUGUCCGAAUCCUCACCCAGCACCUACGCAAUGUCAAGCAGCCAAACAGAGGCCAGCUGUUCAACUCCAGGGCGGAUGAGUUUGCGGUCCUCAGGGUGUUUUCUGAGGCUCUGGUGCGCAACCUCUUCCCGGAGUCCCUCACGGCCCAGGACCUCACUCGCUCUGCCCUUAACGAGAUCGUGACUUUGAAUGUGUUGGAGCUGUUGGUGAAUUGGCUGUCUGACCCGGACAGCCUGAAUCAACUACUUGUGAGUAGCCUGGACAUCAUGACACUGAAAGGGGGUGAGGAUGAGCUGCAGGGGCCGAAGAGAGAGGAUACACCCUCCUCACUGGACAGUGAGGGCAAAGGAGUCAUAGCAGAGGGUACUGGAGAUCUCCUGACCGAUGAUGUCAAGCCCAAAAAGAAAGGUGCCAAGUUGAAAGAAAAGUUCUCCAGAUUUAUUGACAAAAUGAAAAGGAAAGAGACCAAAAAAAAGCAAAAGGCGGUAAAGAAAGAGGAACGUGCGACUAGGAGGCCUGAGGAUGAGUUGCUUCUGAGGAGCUUCGUGGCCUGCUCUGCUUUGUAUCUCCAAGAAUCUGACAGUGAUGACAGUGACCUGGAGAGCUGCCCUCCUGCUAUCCAGGAGGAAAUGAUGGAGUUCAAGCUGUCAUAUGAAAUGUGGCGCCUCAGUAGCUGGGUAGUGUCUGUAAAGCAGGUGCAGGAGGAAGAUGGGGAAUUGAACUUCACCAUUCGUCUGGAGGAAGCCAGUAACCCUGAAAAGCUGCACUGGGAUGUGCGUAAGUCCCAGAAGGACAUCCGUCUGUUCCACAGCAGUCUGCAGGACUGUCCUAACUUGCCCUCUAUAGCAGAGCUGUUGGAAAGCACAGAGUACACCAUGAACGAUGAGUUUAAAGAACAAGCCAGAGUCACACUGGAGACCUUCUUAAAGGAGCUGGUCAAAGACAGCCAGCUGGGCCACAGCCCGGAAGUGUUUCAGUUUCUGUGCCCUCUAGAGCAGCUGUUAACUGAGGAGGAGGCUAACGGUGGAGUGUGGAGCCUGCUGAGCAACCUAGCGUACCUCCUGACCCCAGCAAUAGAGGAGGAGGAGGAUGUCUGCGCACUAGGUCCAGCCAAGUCCGAUGACCCUGGCACAGAGGGGGCGGGGCCUGAAGGCCUGGUUGAGACAGAGGAUGAGGAAGCAGACUUGAAGGGAAGCUGUGACGCCCUUUGCAGAUUACUUCCCGUGGUCUCUGGAGACAGCAGCAAAAGCCUGGAGAAGGCACCUGAUUUCCUGGCAGCAAGUCAGCCAAUCACAGACCUGUCAGAGGAUGUUGCUUUGACGAGCAGAAUGCAGAAUGACUCCACUGAUGACCGCUGCUCCCGCUUAAAGAGAGGGGCAGGCAAAAGGGAAAAGGCAUUCAUAGAAUUAUCUGCUGGACCCCAGAACAGGCGAGAGAAGGGCCAAUUGAUUGUAGGUAGGGUAGAUGAGCACAGAGCUCCGGAGCCAAACAAGAGAGGAGUUAACCAGUCUGGCAAGGAGCAGCAGGAAGCCACCAAAGCCAUUAUUGAUUUGUUGAAAGAAAUAACAGGUAAUUCCAUGAUGUGGAACAUCUUUGAUGUUAUCUUGAAGCCUGUCAUGCCAUUAUUGAAAAAGAAGGUGAACAGCUUUUUGAAUCAGAUGAACCCCACUGAGCCUCAAAUGGCCUCCUACAUUGAUUUGCUGAGGGAGAAGCAGUGGCCUGGCGGCGUGCCAGUGGUCUCAGAGCCUGCCCGAACCAAGGAGCAGAAGAGUCAAACCAAAGAGAGAGCCAAUCAGCUCAUCAACACCAAAUGUUCAAGUUUCUUCUUAAAGAAGAAUGAUGUUCAGGCAGUUUUUAAGGCCUUCCAGGACACUGAAGAGAACAAGAAGCUGGUUUAUAUGUUGCUGUCAUUUUUGUUGAGGGAGCUAAUGCCUGGAGAAUCAGCUCUGAAUGUUAAAGCCAUUGCAUUUUUGAACAGUCCUGUCUUGAGUCAAUCUGACAAGAAAUAAUAUGAUGUCAGAGCGAUUUUUGGCGGAAUAACUUUUGGACUUACAUUUAAAAACAGCUGGGACAAUUGCAAUAUAUAUGCCUUUUUUGCGGGGGGGUGAAAUGAGCAAAUGAUGAUCUUUGUACAUACAUUUUCUUCAGGUGUGUAAACAGUAACUAUAACAGUCUUAAACUGAAUGAGUUUUUGUCAUUUGUAGAAGUUCACAGUCAUACCUCUGAUGCAUAAAAACCACUGCAAAUUGUGUUCUGGGUUUUUUAAUGUGAAGGUUAUUGGAUGAUAAUGCAGUGAUUUUCUCAUGGAGCAGUAAAAAGGGAAACCUUUGACAUAUAGUGUUACCUUCAUGCAACAAACAAGUAUCUCAGGCGCUGAAAUAAAUAUGCGGUAUACUUUUUAAAAAUAUAGUUGGAACUAACCAGAGAAUUCUGGAGUUAUUAACUAAUUAUAUGAAUUUUGAUGUUUUGUAUUUUUUUCCAUAUGAAGACAACACUUGAUAUGCAAAAGAUAAUCACAUCCUAUUGACUGGAUAAAUGAAAGCAGAAGGUGACUAAACCUCUGUGGCAUAGCUGUGGACACACUUGAUUUUUUACUAAAUUAUGCAUAAACUUUGUACAAAUGUCUUUCCACACUUUAGUGUUGUUUUGGUGCCUUUUGUAAUUGAUGUUUUGUGUUUUAAUUAUUUAAUAAGACAUUUAACAUAAUUUUCUAAAUUUCUAUAUUCUAAAAAUGUUCUAAUUGUUGCUAACAAUUUUUUUUGCUUUUUGCUCAGUUAUCAUGCUUUGGUUUGGAAUUAUUUAAUUGCUUAACAUUAACUAUCUUGCUUCACUAAAAAAAAAAACAUUGGCACCAUUUAGCCUCACAUAAGAAUCGUGCAAUAAGCAAAAACUCCUGGUGAGUUUGUUUAACGUGUGACGCAAUGAUUGCAAAAGCAACAGCAGAAUGAGCAUCUUUACGUAAGAAACAAGAAGAGUGUUCGUGUAAAAUGGUGAUCAAAAUCAAAUGCUGGAUAUGGCUAUUGUGGAGCACAAAACGGUUUUAUAUUGACUGUACGAAGGAGUAAACGCUGUACAAUUUUUCGGAUUAAUAAAAUUUUACCGAAUCAAACAAA